GUGCGGGCACCGGCGGCCAAAAUCUGAAAGCUCGAGCCAGAAACAAGAACAAGACAUAGGCAGGCGCAGGCAUCAAGGCAGCCCGGGAUGGACGCUGCGGCGGAAGCGCGCCGCGCCGAGCCCGCGGUGGCAGCACCGUUCCGCGACCCGGCGGCGGCCGCGGCGCCAUUCCCCUGCGGACUUUGCGCCAACUUCCACGGCAACGAGUCCGGCUUCUGUCCCCAGUGCUCGCGGCGGCUCGUGCCGCCGCACGCCAUAGCGACGCUGGCGCGCGCGCAGCGGAAAGUCUACCUCGGUCUCCUCACGCUGGUCAUGUCGAUCUUCGAGACGAGCGACAAGCUCGUCAUCGGCGUGUUCGCCCUGUCGACGACGCUGGUCGUGCUCUUUUGGUUCCUGACCAAGGCCGUGGCGACGGGGGACCCGGCCUGGGUCGCGGCUCUCGUGGUCGUCGCCGUCGCCGCCAUUUGCUGCGGGCCCGUCAUGAGCCGCAUGAUCCGCGCCAUCGAGGCCGUCGACGCCGUCGCGGACGAGUUCGACGCCGCGUCGAAGAAGCUGCUCGCGGACCGCGACGAGGCGCGGCGCGGGCCCGCGUCCUUCGCGCCCCCGGCCCCACCUCGCCAGCCGAGCCGGGAGCUGCGCGAGAUCUACGUCCGCGCGCGCGAGCGCCGCGACCCCUUCGCGGACAUCCUCGCGGUCGUGUCGCGCACGGGCAAGCGGGCGACGGAGGCCCCGCGCGAGAUCCGCGGGCCGAGCGUCAAGCACUUAGCCCGGGCGCGGGAGAAGACGGAGCUAGACUAUGGCGGCGACCUGAGCCAGCUCCGCGACGUGCUACGCGGCUCGGUCGUCUGCGAGACGGUGGACGAGCUAAACGAAGUUGUCGACGCGCUGCGCGCCCUGGAGGACGUAGAAAUAGUGCGCAUAAAAAAUCGGUUCCGCGACGACCCGACGCCGAGCGGCUACCGCGACGUGAACGUCAACCUCGUCUACCACGGCCUCGUCGUCGAGCUCCAGAUACAUCUUUCUGAGGUGCUUCGCGUGGCGGACCGCCAGCACGUCGCGUACGAGGCGGCGCGGGAACUGGACCUGAUGGGCGUCCUCGAGAAGCCCGACACUGCGUCUUUGUCGGAGACCGCCGCGCCCGCCGCGACGGCCGUCGCGUACAACGCCGCCCGCCUCGUGAUCGCGCUGCUCAGCCUCUUCGUCGCGGUGCUGUAUCUCGACGUGUUUACGCUCAAAGGACUGCGUCUCUUCGUCAGGCGCGCCGACCCUGGCACCUGGCGCGGCUUCGAGCAACCCUUCGUCGUCCACCGCGUCUACGGCAUCGCGCUAGCCGCCCCCUACCUAGCCAACGUGUACAUGUUGAUGCGCGCCGCGGGCUUUUUCGGCGACGCGGCCAGGGCCGCAAGACGCGAACGGACGCGCAUCGGCCUGCUCUACGAAAGGUACUUCGGCUACGAGGGCUCGCACUUCGUGUGGAAGGUGUUCUGUUUUCAAACCGCCGAGGUCGCGCUGCAGGCCGCGGGCAAGAUACCGCUUUUUGGGAUCUACUUGGGAAAGGAAGGCGGAAACCUCGCGUUUUGGUUCGUGUACGUCUUCGUCCUCGCCCUGACCGUCAACGUCUUGUACCCGCCGCUCCUGCUGCGAAGCCGCCUCGUGCUUAGGCAGCGCGACAUCGCGUACUGCGUCGACACGUUCCUCGACAUAGUGUACGCCCUCACGCCGUUCGUCUUCUUGCUCUCUGGCAUACGCAGCCAGGCGAUGCUGAUACCCCACGAACCAAUCGCCUACGUGUCGAACCUGGUCCCCUUGAUGCACGCUCAUUUCGUGAUUGCGACCCUCGAGACCGCCGGCGAGCGAGCGCGGGCGCCGAAGCCAGUGGCUCCCAGCGACGUUGAUGUGCUAAAAGACGGCACCGAGCCGCCGCCGAAGCCGGCACCGCCGCAAGCGACGCCGGCUGGACGCCGGUACCGCAGGCUCGUCGUCGGCUGUCUGGGCGUUUGGACCCUCGCCAUGGGUUGCUUUUACUCUGAUAAGUCCCCCUUGCACUGGUUUGUGCGAGGCGCCAUGCGAAAGGAUUUCACGUGUCAGUACGUGAAGGACGGGGCCGUGCGCCAUUGGAAGGAGUGGGGACCGGAACAGCCCAACACGCGCAACGCCACCUGGCCAACAUUUGUGCGCUCGCCAGAUAUGCAACGCGGCUGCACAGUCGACGAAGACUGCAUGGCCGAGCCGGGCUGCGACGGCGGCUAUUGUUUGAUUGAAGAAAAAGGGCAGCCCGUGUGCGCCACGAAGGGCUCAGAUGCGCGAUGUGUCAACGCACCCCAGGGCUUCGACCUCGGCAAUGGCGAUUGGUGCCAGGACGGCGAGCGCCAGGUUCAUUGCUUUCGGCAUUUCACGGAUGUUUUCCCCCAGCCGUGCACGACCUUGCAGGACUGCGUCGUGCCGGGCUGCGACGGGACCGCUAAUAUCGGUUGUGGCAUGGGCAUCUGCGAGACGGGCACGCAUGAUGCGAGGUGCCAAAACGAGACCGGUCCCGCGGGCUGGUUUUGGGAUAACGUCACGUACCCGCCUUGGACUAUAGAUUACACCGGGAAGUACACAUACAACGCGAUAAACAAUUACGAAUGGAUUGACGAGAACAAGGUGGAUUGGAUGGACGAAUUUUGCCACCAAGGUAGCGCGCAGAGAGUAUGCGUCGCACCGCCGGACUCGGGUAUAUCUGCUGCGGACUUUGUGAACUUUGCGUACACGCGCGACGUGAUAGAUCACUCGGACGUCGAGGAGGGGGAUGUUACACAGUGCGCAUAUCCGGACUGGCUCUGGCUUAAGGUCACGCGCGGCCGGCCGUGGUCUACACGACUGGGGUUCUUAAUUGCGUAUUUUUCCCUCUGCCUGCCGUUCAUGCUAUCGUUUUUGGUACUACCGACGUUUGCGGAACGCGCGGGCCGACGGUCGGUGUCGGUCUGGCGGCAGACCCUCGGCCUAGCGGCCAUCUGCUUUGUGAUAUACGCCUUUUUCGACCUCACGGGCAUACCAAUUUUACUAACCUCGUUCCUCGUCGUCCUGGGUUACUAUUUAGCCAUCGCCAUCGAGGCGCGCCGGGUCGUCGGGCUGUACGUAUCGAUCGUCGCGUUGCUGGUCGUAAACUACUACAUAGCUUUCGGCUUGGUCGUCGUCGGACUUUCGGUUUUGGCGUUUGCUCCGCAGCGCGGCGAGAAAGACGCAGUGCGGGAGAAGUUACGGCGUGGCGCGCAGACAAAGGCGGACGCCGCCGCGGCCCAGGGACGACUCCCUCGCUGGGCCUGCCUAGUUUAUUUUGUCUUGACGUUGACCUUCAUCGCUUUGGCCUUCUCCGGCGACCUCGGCACAGACAACUCAAGAACAAAUUGUUUCCCCUGCGAAUGCAGCAACCACGAGCUCGUCGACUGUUACGGAGAUGCCACGACGCUCGAGUGGACCGCUUCGUCUUGGAACCGCAUCGACUCCUUGCCAGACGUUCUGAAACUUCCCAAUAGCGGCAUCAAAGGGAUCAAGCCAGGAACCUUCGAGAGUAUGGACUGGCUCGAACGGUUGGAUUUGAGCCGCAACAAAAUCACGGAGAUCGAAGCCUCGACGUUUCGAGGUCUCGGCCAGCUACGCGAGCUGGACCUUGACGCGAGUGCCAUUUACGAAGUGGCGCCUUUCGCAUUUCUCGGGUUGAGGAAUCUCGAAGACCUACGCAUGGGCAACAAUGCCAUCUCCAUCCUUAGAUCCAGCACGUUUGCGGGUCUUGGUAGAUUGCAAGCACUAGACUUGAGCUACAAUAGGAUAGAAAGCAUCGAACCUGGAGCGUUUGUCGGCCUCGGCGCCCUAAAGUCGCUACAGAUGCAGACGGCCAUAGCGCGCAUUGGAGAGUCUGAAGAGAUGAGCGACCGCAAUGCCCUCACCGUCCUCAGAAACGGCACCUUCGAGGGCCUAAAUGCAUUGAGCGGUUCUCUCGACUUAGCCCAUAACGGAAUUUGGAUAAUUGAACCCGGGGCAUUUGUCGGCCUGCGUAGUCUCACGAUGUUGCGUUUACAUAUGAACGAUCUAUGGGGCCUUCAGACCAACACCUUUCUCGGUCUGGAAAAUUUGAAAGAACUGCACUUGCAGGGCAAUAAUUUUUGGAAUCCCGAGUUGAUCCAGACCGGGGCGUUUGCUGGGCUACCUAGUCUCGAGACUAUUAUGUUCCUUGAAAGCGGUGGUACUAUCUGCGGUACUUUGCACGCGACGGGCGAAUUGCCGCAGUCUGUCGCUUGCUGGUAGAGUGUCACGCGAAUCCUAGUCUAUCUAUCGAUCGGCACGACGAAAGCGCAUUCCGUGCUGCCUGCUCGCCUUGCCGCCGUCCCCCGACAUCCUCGUACGCUGCCGACCGUCCCCCGACAUCCUCGUAUGCUGCCGAACUCCUUAAUUAUAUUUUACCUACUA